CACAACUAUUAGGCGACUACACUGUACUUUUAACUACUUUUGCUCCGUGGCAUCACUUAUCUAUCCUUUCGACUUCCGCUUGGACACGGCACGAUACAACACCUUCACAAUGAUUUGUGUGUAAUCUAAUACUACCGAGGCCAAACGAUUGUAUCAUAAUCAACGUUGGGUGCGUUUGCCAGCUGGGCGCAUUACUGGAAACGGGCCGGCUUCCACCAAAGAGGUUUCAGCAGCAGCAAUCCCAGCCCUGAGGUUCCUACUUUCAUGAUUACAACCUGAUGAGUUGGUAGUGGUGGGGGCCCCGCGGGCGGGCGCACAUCUAUCCCCAGCUGCCCGCCCGCGGGCCCUGCUGCUGGGUAGUCAGCCUUAACCAGGCCAGUACAGACAAACCCUGCAGAUACAUUUGCAGCGCUUGCUUAGCGGCGAAGUCAAACUCCACAGCUGUUAAACAUCGCCCGGGGCAUCCCAUUCGUCGGGUUGCCACCGUCGGCGUACGGCUGGGCGUGUGGCCCUGAGGAGUCCGCCGCAGCAUCUUAGAGCAGCACUUCAGGGUUAGCGCUUGGGCCGGCGCGGCCCGCGUCAUGUUCGCAAAUGAGUACCAGGGCGGGACGCAUGUGGAGGUGCUGAGCACGCAGGGCCAGAACCCGCUCGCCCAAUGGAAGGUCGUCGGACCGCAAAAGGGACUCCAGAAAGUCUUCGACAAGGCGGUGAAGGGCAAUGUGUUCGCCAGCAGCGGCGUCUGCCGACUGGCGCUGCCCCGGGACGAGCGCGGCUCGCUGGGCCUCACGCAGCCGCACCUGCUGCUGCAGCUGGCGAUCGGAGUGGGUGUUCCCUUCAGCCUGGAGGUGGGCCUGACGGACAGCACCUGCACCCGGCGCCGGGUGAUCCUGUCCGCCUCCUUCUCGGAACUCAAGUGCACUCCGCUGCACUGCCAGGUUCCCUUCACCUCCCUGCCCCGCGACGUCUGGCUCAACCUAGUCCUGCCGCUACCCGAGCUAGCAGUGGCGCUGUUCCGAAGCAGUCCGGGGAGCAACAGCGGGGGGACAGCUCCGGGAGGAGCGGCGGGAGGGGCAGGUGGUACGGCAGCAGGGGGUGGCGGCAGUACGGCAGGUGGUACGGCAGGCUCAGCGGCGGCGGGGGCGGGGGCGUCGUCGUGGUAUCGGUCGCUUGACUGUUUGCAGCUGGCUGGCUCGUGUCGGUUGCGGCGCAUCUGCACACUGCGGGACCCGCCGCAGCUGCCACCUGACGAGGCGGGUGUCCCAUUCAACCAGCCGUGCCUCCCCAAGUCCCUAGACUUUCCCGCGGGCGUGGACUUCCAAACCCUGCAGCUAGAUCCGCGCAGCCUCACAUUCGUGCCGUUGGGGUACGGCUACGGCAGUGGCACGGGACCCGGCUCUAGUGCCGGCGGCGCCGGAGCCGCUGGGGGCGCCGCUCUUGGCGUCGUGGGCACCUCGACGGGGUCCACAAGAAGACAAGCAGCCGGGAGUGCAGGCGUUACGCCGCCUGUCGGCGGCGGCGUUGGCGUUACGUCGCUGACACUAACCGCAGCUGCGAACGGUCGAGGGACGCCACUCGGCAACGGCAGGACGGGCGCAAUUGGCGGCAAUGGUGGUGGUGGGGGUGUCAGUGGUGGCAUGGAUGAGGACGGAGCCGUUAUCAGCCCCACUCGGCAUGUUGACGGAAUGGGGGGGCUGCGGGCGACUGGGAUGCCGUACCUGGCCGGCGGCGGCUGUGACGUGGCAGCAGCGGGGCUGACCCAUGGGUCGCCGACAGGGCAGUCGACGCCGACGGCGCGCGGCAGCGGAAACGGCACUGGGAACGGCGGCGGCGGCGGAGGAGUGGGCUAUGUGGGGCAUUAUGGUUCCGGAGGCGCAGCAGGCGGGCACCUGGGGUCUGCUGGGGAGCAUGUGGUGCCUAGCAGGCUUGGUCGCUUUGCCGCAGCUUACGGCACCGGCGGCGGCAGCAGCAGCCCAAACGGCGGUCCAAGCACCACCGCAGCAGCAGCAGGUUUCCUACCGCUGCCAGGUUUCGGAGCCCCUGGCGCCCCUGCCGUACAUGGACCCCCCACCACGGGCCCGUCCAGUGGACUACCUCCCAGUGGGCGGUUACCCCCGGUCAACGGAGCGGUCGCCAUGCCCUCUGGCAAUGCUGACAACGGCAACCGCAGCGGCAGCGGCGAUAAUUCGCCGUUCGGAGGCCGUCGGGCCCUAUCUGCGCAAACCAUCGUACGGUACGGGCAAACCGUUGACGGCGCCGUGGGAGGUACCGCCGACGGCGCUGGCGGCGUGGCUGCGGCUGCGGCGGUGUUGGCGGGGGGCGGCGGCAUGGGGGCGGUUGCGGGCGGCGUGGGCGGCGGCGUGGGGUUUCGAACUCUGUGGCCGCGGUCUGUGAUCGGCAAGCGGGCGCAGAGUGGGCCGGCCAGGAUUAGCACGGAGGCGUUGACGCAGGCUGCCACCCAGCCGCCCCGGAAAGGCCCCCCCGACUGGAGCUACGGUGCCGAGGGGCCCUUGAAGGGUCUUGGCGACACAGUGGCACCCCCGGAUACCCCCACCUCCCCCUCCCUGGCUCCUCGCCACGUCCGUCGCGUCCACAACACCAGCAACCUCCCACCCACCAUCAUCGAACACGAGGCCAUGCCCCCCACCCACACCGCCAUGGGCUCGACCCCAGCCGGCUCCACUGCCCGGUCACCCAACCGCAGCCCUUCAAGGUUGAGACACCACCCCAUCACUGGCGGCGGCGGCGGUGCCGCCGCAGCAGCCGCACGUGCAGGCGGCGAGCCCGCCACACCCUCCCUGCCGCUGUUGAGGGUAACCCGCGCGGAUGUAGCCCCCUCGCGGGAGCCCUCCUCGCCCGCAACGGCAGCUGCAACCGGCGGCAGCAGCUCUCCUCCCUUCACACAGCAGCUCUCAUCCGUUCUCACCGUCCGAGGCGGCCUGGACGCCUCCCUAGACUUUGCGUCGCAGCAGCAGCUGAUGGAGGGAAGCUGCUGCUCGCCUUCCAUUCUGUCGUCCCUCACGCGCGGGGGAUCCAAUCCGCUGAUGCAUACCCACCGCUAUGGAGGGAGUGCUGCCGGCGGUGGCGGUGGCGGUGGCGCAGUCACCGCUGCUGCUACCGUCCCGGGUACCUCGGGUGACCUUUGGCUGGACUCUGACGACGACGCGGCGGUGGGUUGUGGCGGAGGUAUGUCCUCCACUGCGACGGUUAGUGAGCCGUUGCCGGCAAAGGUGGGGAAGGUCCGGACACGGGUGCCAGGCGGCGGAGGCUCGAGUAGCGGGGCAGCAGGGAAAGGUGGUGGUGGUGGAGCGGGAGGAGGCGGGGGUAAUACGGCGAAUGGCGGCGGAGGCGGCGGCUGGGGUGCAGCAGCGGGUACGGCGGGAGCAACAGCAGCGGCUUCCGCUGCGGGCCGCAGAGUUCCGCUUUCCGCUGCUCUCACACAAGACGCAGACACACCCACACGUGCCACGCGAGCAGCAGCCGCAGCAGCAGGCGCUGCAGGUCCUGCCACGAACCCAGCGGUGGCUGCCAUUGCGGCGGCUGCUUCCGCCGGGCAAAACGGCCGGAGCAGUCCCGCGGGGACGCCCUCCCGGACAGCUACACGCUUGACGCCGCCGCACGGCUCUAACGCGGCUCCGGGGUCCAGUCCCUUCGCGCCCGGGCGGCAGCGAGGCAGGGAGGAAAGCAACUCCGGUGCUGCUCGGCCCGCAGCCGCCGCCGCUGCUGCUGCUGCUGCUGGGGGUACCUGUGGUAAGCCGCCGACUGGUGCCGCGUCCCCGGCGCGACAGCGCGCAGCAGCGACGCCGCCGCGCGGCGCAGCCGCGUCGCGCAUUCCUCCUCGACCUGGGUUGCCGUACGCGGAAGGCCGCGAGCGGCUGCCUCCGCUAGCUGGCGGCAGCGGCACCGCUGGCGGUCGCGGCGGCGGUGGUGCUGCCGCCGCAACAGCCGGCGGAGGCGGAGGCGCGGGGCGUGGAAAGGGGGGGCCGUCUAAGCGGGGCUCACGCGUUAUAAACCGCUCGGUUACCUCCACCACAGCGACGUCGGAGGUUGAUGUGGAGGAGUCCAUUGCGCUGAAUGCGGGCAUGUGGGGCGGUUUCGGAGUGGACGAAGAUGAUGACAUGUUGGGCUCGCGACACUUCCGAGCGGGCCCAAGUCAAACCCGGGGUGCUGGCGGCGGAGGUGAGGGCGAUGUGAACUCGGGGUCCGAUGGGGACAUUGGCGUCGUGGACACCCUGUCACCGGAUCCUCGGAGAGGCCCCAGCGGAGCCGGCGUGUUUGCUGCCAAUGCAUGGGCUGGCGCUCGUGGCCUGCCGCCGGUAGGUGCCGGCGGCCCGUCGCCACCGGUGACGGCGGCCGGCGGCGCGCGAGGGGGCGCAUGGGCGGCGGGGAGUCAUGGAGGCGAGGACUUGCCGUCGCCGCCGCCGCACCGUAACCUGCCGUACAAUGCCGGCGCCGUCGGGCCCAUGUCACCGCCUAUUCGACGCAGUACAGCCCGCGUGGAGAUCUCGUCGUCCCGUCAGCCGGAUCGCGGGUACGACAGGGAGGACGAUGACGAGUACGACAUGACGUCACGGGGUGCGACGGGUACGACACGGAAUGCAUCCAUGGCUGGCUUCUUUGGUGUUGGAAGUGGCGUAGGCGCCGGCAGCGGUGGCAACAUGCAGCGGGACAGCGAUGGUGGCGAUUCGUUGUUCAACAACCUUGACCGUUUACUUGACGAGGAGGCGCUGUUGGCUGGAUACGGCCAUGAUUUGGGACGUUACGACGACUGGGUUAGGCCGCUGGACCCCCGGGGACCCUCCGCGCCCGCCGGAGGCUCCAACCAUCCUGCCCAACGCGCCUUCACGCCUCCCAUCGUGCCAGCUAGUAGAGCUCUUGGCGUGGCGGGGGCCAAUGCCGGCAGCGGAGGGGCAAUAGCAGCCGCAACCGCAGCAGCAACAGCAGGAGGGCCGCGCAAGUCGACGUCCAUGGUGGCAGGGGCAGGGGCAGGAGGGGAGGCGGGCGCGGGCGCGGGGUCAGGGGCGCAGGUUUUGCGAGUGGGCGGUGGAGGUGUGGUUGCGGCUGCGGGCGGUGAGGCCAUGUUGGAUCUGGUGUACGACCCUGUUCUGAACUGCUACUACGACAGCACCACGGGACAGUACUAUGAGCUUAAGACCUAGUUAAGACCUAGUUCAAAGGCUGCUCAGCUGCUGCUGCUGCUGCUGCUGCUGCUGCGGAGGAGGAGGAGGAGGAGGCGUCGAAACACACGUAUGGCUUGACAUGAUCUCGACAUCUUGGCAUGUCCGCACGGCAACUUCUUUCUGAUGUCUGCUGACCCUGAGGAUGUUAGAAGACUCUCAGAUGCCGGAGGACUCUUGAGGGCAGCGUCGGGAGGUGCGGACGUUGCGUGGAGGCGUCAGGCAGCAAUGCAGGCAGUCUGACGGGACACCAGGUGAUGGCGGUGACCCAUGGGACAUCAGGUGAUGAAGGUGACCCACGGGACACCUUGAAGGCCCGUUGCUCGGCAUCUCGACAUGCAUGCUUGCGCAGCGCUGCGGCUUUCACAUUGUAGGAUUAUGCGUUCACGACCUAGUUAAACAUGUGUAUAUAGAGAGACAGAGUGCCGCUGACGAACAGGGGGACGGAAGCGGGUGUGUUAAGAAAACUGGCCGCGAGUAGGAACGUGUGUGUACGUGUGUGUGUGUGUGUGAGCAUCGGGGGAUGCAUUCUUUGGAGACAAGGAAGGUGACAAGAUGAGUGGGUGAAGGAAGACGGUCUAGAGGGACUGUGAAAACUCCUUGACGGUGAGCGGAUGAGCGCGGAUGAGCACGCGGCAGUAUAUGCGUGUGACGUUUCUAGUUCUGCAAACUGUGCAACACCCGUUUGGCACGGCUAACGACCUUUUGUCUUUAUGAUUGCUACUGUGACAGCUGGUGGCUAUGCAUGGUGGGUGUUGUACGAUGGCGCGUACGACAUUCUUGGUGAAGUAUCGCCGUUGACCCAGGUAUUGCGGUUUGGCAUGCGCUUUAUAUGCAAUGGUGUAUUUUUGAAUUUCGCACACAACUGUGAAGGCUGGGAGCAUGAGCUAUAAUCGGGAAUGACAGUGGACAAGUACCUUAACCGCGGCAUUCAUCUGUGCAAUUAAUUACGGGCUGAAAGAUGCGUUUGGGCUCUCCUCCUUCUAGUCGACUGUUACGACUGUUAUGGGUACGACUGUUACGGGUAACCACCUUUGCGAAUAAGAAAGCGCACAUAGACACUUUGCCAUGUCGGGACGUUUCACAACACUCUAUUGGUUACUGGGUACAGCACACGUUUGUUGAGCCGUGCCGUACGUUUGGGUUUCUGCGACGGUGGUGCUUGAGGGGGCAAAGGUGCCGUUUUGUACUCACACAGUGAUUGUGCGACUGGAUUGCACGACACAUCGGCUUGCUGCGUUGCAUGCAACACUCGUGCAUGCGUGCGCGCGCAUCGUUUCCAUUGUAAAGGGGC